CAGCAUGUCUGUCAAAGCUGAGAGAGAGUUAGAGAGAGAGAGGAAAUGCUGCCUGAAAUAACAAAGAAAAUUACUUACUAUACUUAAACCCAGAGAGUCAACUGGUGCGGUGAUCAUACCUCCUUUUGGGAUACUAUCGACAGCUUGGUACAAGCUGUACUAUUCUAUCUACAAAUCUUCUAACUUCCAAGCUUAGUUCUCUGUAGAUACUUAUCUCACACUUUCAGUGCUGUUAAGACCAUGGCAUCCCUAGGAUGGGUCGUGGUGGUUCUAGUGGGCUUUUGGAGCCAGCUAAGCCCAGGUCAGGGAGCUAAUAAUGGGCCUGGCAGAUACCGCUACCAGCGCAGGAACUGCUACACCUGCUUCUAUGGAUACAAUGGCUACAACACGGGGCACAUGAAAGGUGCAGAUGUUGACGAGUGUCAGGUCUACAACGGAGGCUGCCACCACCGAUGCGUCAACACCAGAAGCUCGUUCUACUGUGAAUGCAACCCAGGCACCCGCCUGCACACAGAUGGCCGGACAUGCAUUGCCGUCCAGUCCUGUGCUGUCAGAAAUGGAGGCUGUGAGCAGGACUGUGUGCAGCUGUCCCCGGAUCACUACCAGUGUCGCUGCAGACCCAACUAUCAUCUUGCAGAGGACAGCAAACACUGCAAGUUGAGAAACCCGUGUGCAGACAGAAAUGGAGGCUGUGUGCACACCUGUAGAAAUGAAGGAGGACGAUCUCAGUGUGACUGUCGUCCUGGAUAUACACUGGCACAGGAUGGCAAAAACUGUGAAGACAUCGAUGAGUGUGAGACAGGCCAAACUGCCUGUGCCCACGGUUGCCAUAACACCCAGGGUUCCUUUACCUGUGUCUGUAACCCAGCAUACAAGUUGGGUGCCAACGGCAGGAAAUGCUAUCGUAUCGAGAUGGAGAUUGUGAACGGUUGUGAGACUGCCAACGGAGGCUGUUCCCAAAAGUGCCAACACUCCGCCCUCGGAGCUGUCUGCAGCUGUAACCAUGGUUACCAUCUGGACGAUGACCUCAGGACAUGUGUGGACUUGGACGAGUGCGAGACGGGAAGCUCGUGCUGCGAGCAGGACUGUACGAACUAUCCCGGGGGUUACGAAUGCUACUGCGGGGCUGGCUACCGUCUCAACUCGGAUGGGUGUGGCUGUGAUGAUGUGGAUGAGUGUCUGGUAGACAACGGAGGCUGUGACCAUACCUGCCAGAACACAGCCGGCUCCUUCCAGUGCUACUGUCGCCUCGGACACCGGCUAAACGAGAACCGUCUCUCCUGUAUUCCCCUGGAGCGGGCAGUAGAGCUGUUGGAGUGGAGCGGCCACAUCGCGGUGAAGCUCCCUCCACCCCAUUUCACCCUGCUGAAUGACAACUUCCAGCCGCUGGAGCGCUAUGACGACUAUGAGGAGGACGGCCUGGGAGAGCUCCGGGCCCAGAGCACCCUCACCAAGACCUUUGUGUGUUUAAACGAAACGUUUGGCCAUGACUGCAGCCUGACGUGUGACGACUGCUCCAACGGUGGUGUGUGUGACCUGGAGGAGGGACGUUGUGACUGUCCUGAUGGGUGGACAGGCCUUGUCUGCAACCAGACUUGUCUAGAGGGCACAUUUGGCAGGAACUGCCUCUUCAGCUGUAAGUGUAAGAAUGGUGCCACCUGUGACCCUGUGAGCGGGCACUGUCGCUGCCCACCUGGAGUCAGUGGGGAUCUGUGCCAGGAUGGCUGUCCUAGCGGUCUGUAUGGGAAACUUUGCAAUAAGAAGUGUAACUGUGCCAAUAACGGGCGCUGCCAUCGGACCUACGGAGCCUGCCUGUGUGACCCUGGGCUCUAUGGGCGUUUCUGUCACCUACCGUGUCCUAAGUGGGCAUACGGCCCUGGCUGCUCGGAGGAGUGCCAGUGUUUCCAACAGAACACCCUGGAGUGCCACCGCCGCCAUGGCUCCUGUGUCUGCAAACCAGGCUACCAGGGCAAGAACUGCCAGGAGGAAUGUGACAGAGGAUACUAUGGCCUUGCCUGCAAGAGGACAUGUGGGUGUCCAUCAGGGGUACCCUGUGAUCGUGUGACAGGGGAGUGUCUGCGCCAGUGCCCGCCUGGUUUCCAUGGGGACAACUGUGACCUAGACUGCCUGAAGGGGCGCUACGGGGCUGGAUGUAACCAAUCGUGCCACUGCUCUGGCGCGCCAUGUGACAAGGUGACAGGACGGUGCCACUGUCUUGACGGUGUGACUGGACAGCACUGUGAGACUGAGUGUGAGGAGGGUCGAUGGGGUGUGGGCUGCUCAGGCUCCUGUCCUGACUGUCAGAACGGGGGAGUGUGUGACAAACACAAUGGAACGUGCCAUUGCCAACCUGGAUACAUGGGCACCCUUUGUCAGAGUGUCUGCCCGUUGGGUAGAUUUGGCCUGGGUUGCCAGCUACGCUGUCGGUGCGAUAAUGGUGGGCGCUGCCACCCGUUGACGGGCCACUGUGCCUGUCCUGAAGGAUGGACUGGACCCAGCUGCAGUAGAGUGUGUGACGCCGGGCGCUGGGGGGUGGACUGUGCCAACGUGUGUGAGUGCCCGGACAACGAUGGCAGCUGCGACCUCAUCACGGGACAGUGUCGCUGUGAGGCGGGCUACACAGGACCACGCUGCCUACAGAAGUGCCCAGAGGGCUCCUUUGGCGCUGGCUGCAGACGCAGGUGCCAAUGUGCCAAUGAGGCGGCCUGUGAGCAUAUGGGUGGAGCCUGCACCUGCCUGCCUGGUUGGACAGGCACCUACUGUGAAAAACCGUGCCCUGAAGGAUUCCAUGGGCUGGAGUGUCAGCAGCAGUGUCAGUGUUCUAAUGGGGGGAGAUGUGACCACCUGACAGGGGCCUGCCACUGUCCAGACGGCUGGGUCGGAUCACAAUGCAACACCACAUGCCAGGCAGGGUGGUUUGGCAGUGGGUGUCAACACACCUGUGAGUGUCGUAAUAAUGCCAGCUGUGACCCUGUGAGCGGGCAGUGCCAGUGUAUGCCAGGCUGGACCGGCGCCAGCUGUGAGAAAGAAUGUCUAGAAGGCUUCUAUGGGUCAGACUGCCUGCAUCACUGCCUGUGUCAGAAUGGUGGUGUGUGUGAUCGUUUCUCCGGGGGAUGCUCGUGCCCCAGCGGGUGGACCGGGACGGCCUGCGAACUGGGUUCACUGAUGCCAUCUCUGGAACCUGCUGUAAAGCCUACACAAAGGGCCCCAUUGUCACAAUCAGGACACAUUGACGCUAUAGGUCUGGGCUAUAACUCAGUUCUCUUUAUCUGCUUGCUAGAGCUAGAUAUAAAAGCCUCUAGAUAGAAUAAGUCCGAAAAAGAAGUCUGAGUUCAACCUCCUGGUCUCCCCUGUGUGUGCCACUCUCCCUCCCAUUGAACUGUAUGGGUACAUUUCAAAGAAUAGAUACAAUAAGUGCUGUGGCACUGCAGGUCAGUUCACAGUGCUUACAACCUUAGCAUUUAUAUCAAAACAUCUAUUUAUAUAAUAAACGGGUUAAUUGAUUUACCACUGGUUUCAGUGCCACUUAAGAAUGUAAUGGCCUGGUUGUUGCCAGAUAGGUCUGUUUCCUGCCUAAUUUAGUGACUUUUUACAUAAUACGUCUUGCAAAAUGGUGCUGGGUGGGUGUUAAUUUGAUUGGGAGGCUAAGAGUCAAGAGAAUCUGGCUACACUGAAUAGCUUCUGUUGACAUUUUAAAUUAAGAGGACCAAAACCAGGGGGACUUUCACACUGACUAAACUUGUUGCCCACGCUCCACAGGUCACCUAAUGUUAAACUUUUCACUUUUAAACACUAUAUCCUUACAUUAGCCUGAAAUAUGAUGUGAUCGAAGCCACAAUCAUUCUUCAUAUGUGUAGCAUACUGUAAACACCAUAGAACAAACAAAAUAAUGCCCACUAUUCAAACUAUACAGAAGCUUCUCAACUAUAUUGCACAUAAUAUUGCACUCUUAAGUAAUACAACCACCCAAUUGUUCUCACAAUAGUGAAAGGCAACUUAGAUUUUUUUCUAAACAAAGCUACAACUGAAAGUCUUUAUAUGCAUUAGAUGCUUCACAAAUCAUCACAUUGAGAGUUGAGGUAAGGAGUUUUGCAAGUAUGUUUUUUUGGUCAAUUGUUAAGCUUUUAUGAGAGAAACUCUUCCCGCAGUUAGAGCAAUGGCAAGACUUCUAUCCAGUGUGCAUCCGCAGGUGUACUUUUAACUGAUCUUGUCUAGCAAAUCUAUGGCCACAAUCACAGCAAAGGUAAGGCUUUGUGUCUUUGCUUGUAAAGUUUUUAGGCUCAGAGAAACUACUACUCCAGUCAGAGCAGUGGUAAGGCAUUUCUCCUGUGUGUACUGCUUUUGGAUUUUUUUAUUUUGUAUAAUCAGAGAAACUCUUUCCACAGUCAAAACAGUGGUAAGGCUUUUCUCCAGUGUGUUUACGCUGGUGUACUUUUAAUUGAUAUUUUCUAGUAAAUUCAGCACCACAAUCAGAGCAUUGUUAAGGCUCUUCUCUUGUGUGUAUUCGCUUGUGGGUUUUAACACUUUUGAAUUUAGUGAAACUUGUGCCACAAUCAGAGCAGUGGUAAGGCCUCCCCCUGUGUGUGUUAGCUUGUGGCUUUUUAAGUCCAUCAAAUGAGAAACACUUUCCACAAUCAGAGCAGUAGUGAGGCUUCUCUCCAAUCUGUAUCUGCUGAUGUACUGUUAACUUAUAUAAUAUAUAUAGUCUAGCAAAUCUAGCUCCACAAUCAGGGGAUUGAUGAGGCUUUUCUCAUGUGUAUAUUCACAUGUUGUUUUUAAAGCUAUACAUUGUAGUGAAACUCUUCCCACAUUCAGAGCACUAGUAUGGAUUCUGUGCUAUGUGUGUUAAUAUGUAAGUCAGUCAAAUGAGAGGAACUCUUUCCAAAAUUAGAGCAGUAGUAAGGCUUCCCUUUAGUGUGUGUUUUCUGGUGUUUCCUCAAGAUGUGUUGGGAAUGAUUUGGGGUAACGCUUUUCACUAGUAUGCUUUUGUUGGGGAUUUUUUAAAGAUUUUAGAAUGAGAGAAACUCUCCCCACAGUCAGAGCAGUGGUAAGGCUUCUCUCCUGUGUGCACUGAUGGUUAAUCAGAUAACUUGAUGACUUUAGGAAACUCUUCUCACAAUGUGGGAAGUGGUGAGACCUCUUCCUGCAGUUGCUCUUUGGAUGGAGAAUUCUCUGACUUGUUCAGAGGAGUUAGGUUGCUGUCCUGUGUGUAUGACAACAACAAAGAGCAGCUGAAACAUGUGCCUAAGAAUCAGAAUCACUGACUAAUGAAUAAAAUGU